CUUCCUGUGAUGUGCCGCCAAACAUGCAAGUCUGUUGCCAUAGCAGCGUUUUACAACACAGACGGCGAGAAGAUGGAGUCCAGCAUAGCUUCACGUUUCCAUGAAUGUACAACACAGUUUAAAGUGUACGAAGAUUAUCUUGACUCCAAAGUAACGCCAAUGGAUAUCUUUUACUUGAAAAACAGGGAGUUUGCCCGUAAGCUGGUGGAGCACGGCCACAAGGGCACGGUCCUGAGCAGGGAGGAAUUUGAGGAGAAGAAGGCAGCUGCGCAGGCUGCAGAGGCUGUGAAAAGCAACACUUUCUACAACAGGACCCGGCCACAGACACUGGCAAGUGCAGGAAAAGAACUCAAAGAUAACUUCCUGAAAGCCCUGGCAGAGCGAGAGGAGGCCAACCGCAGUGGGAAAAUGACUGACUCUGCACUAAGCACUGUAAGUGAUGCCACCUGUCAGGCUGACAGCUCAUUCUCCAUAUGUGGAAGGCCUUUAUCAGUUGCAGUUGUGAGGACCAGGAAAAUGUCUGCCACCUGCCAAUCGGUCAUUUUCAUAAGGGAUCAUAAUACUCUUGGACAGGAAGUAUCUGGCUAUAUAGACUACACCCACAGACUCAAGACCCACGAUUUUGAAGCAUAUUUCAGCGGAAAGAAGAGGCUCAUGCCAGGACGCUCGGAUUUAUGAUCUGCAGCUCUGUGCACCCAGCUUCCUGCCACUCCAGAUGUGCCUACAGCAUCUCUGAUGUCUAUUUAAUGUUCCCCAGCAAAGUGACCAUCUGUUUAUGCACUCUGGCUGUUCCUUUCUUUCCUCUCUCUAUCUCUCUCCUUCUUCAGCCUCUUUGUUUAGUAAAGAUUUUCAAGAGGCUGGGCAGUAUUUGACAUACAUGGUACUAAUUGAGUUUUUUCUUUUUUAAUGUGUUAGAGUGUGUUUUGCAUCAAGGUGCUUUUCACUAUCAUCUUAACUUCAAUGAAUCUUUGUAAUGCAGUCGACUUUUUGGAAAGCUGGAUCAUUCAAAACUUUCCUGCACACUUGCUCUACCCUGCAUGCAUUUGACAACAGACUGAAAAUUGAACUUGAAGGAUCUGCUCGGUUGAAACACAGCGCAUGCCUCCUUCGAAGCCAAAAUCAUAUUGCCUCCACGCUCAGCCUCUGCAAUGCACCUGUGAGUCUGGCUUCAUUUUCUGCUGUAAAAAUAUUUGUACUGCUGUCCUGUUUUAUUAACUUUUAAUACAAAAGAGAAACUGUUCCAGCUCCGAAGGUGAUUUGGUGGCUCGGCCUGAAGCAUUGUGUCGAGCUUUCAUGGGGGGCAGUGGGAUAUUCUAUCACAGUAGAGUUUGCCAGCUUGAUUAAUAUUUGCUGGUAAGCCAGAACAUUCCAUGUCAUGUGUGUUGAUCUUCACACAUGGCGCACCCAUACUUCACUGGCUAGAUCCUCAGGGUUAAAUCCAAUUGGACUGUUUGUUCUCAGUGCUGAUAGUGUUUGGACUGUGCUUGAUAGAUUAACUCAGUGUUCCACCAGCGGUAUGAUCAUCGGAGAACUCCUGCCAAGUUUGAUGUGCUAUUCUGUCCAUGUAAAAAUGACAUAAACUCUUAUCAAUGACCGUAAAUCUUUUUCAUCAAGUUAGUGUUAUCAUGUCAGACCGAAUGCUCACUGAUUAGAACGAAUUCUUUGAACAAAAGUGAAGAUACUGGGCUGUUCGCCUGUAUUUUUUAAGUCCUUUUUUUACAAGCAGAACUUGACCCCUGACCUCCCUCAGUCAAGGCCCUAUUAGCCUCUUGAGCUCCAGUACAAUGGAAUAUGUGAUAACACCCAGAUGUGUCACUACAUUAUGUAAUGGCUCUCGUCUGUGUGUGUGUCUGUGUGCCUGCAUAGAUCUAAACCUGAUGGCAAACUGAAUCAUCUGUAAAUAUGCAAAAUUUUAUCACAUUAAAAUGAUGUAUGUUUUGGGAUUGUUAACAGAAAAAAAAAAAUGGUUGUAACGUAUAAUAAUAUGAAUAUCAAUGGUGGUUAAGUAGAGUGAGCAUCUACAUUAUGUCUUAUAUUUUUUAACUCAUUUUCACUGAAAGAUGUCUUGUUUGUAAAGCAGAAAAUCAAGUUAAUCACAUUUUCAAUUUUUAUGUCAGUGUGUGCAGCAAUGUUAUGUUUUCUGCCACUGACUACUGCGGUUUACAGUAAACAAGCUCCUCUUCUAAGACUUUAAUUAGAUAUUAUUGCUCUUGUUGAUUCAAAUGUUGUUGUUUUAGUUGCCUGGUACUCUAUGAAAAGUCUUGUGGAUCGAGAAAAAUGUGCGUCAAGUCCCAAGGGGCCAAGAUGACAUUUUAUGUGUCUUCUUUUGUCGGAGCCACAGCGUAUAAUCCAGAGGUAACCAGUGAAACAGUGACAGUGACAGCUCAGAAAAUGCUUGCAGUAAUCAGAAAUAAUGUGAAAACACGUUAAAAAGUAAAAAUAACAAUAACACAAAGAUAUACACUUGUAUUUGCAAUGGAAUUGUUAUUUUUAUAGUAUGAUUGUAUAUAAAUAAAGGAAAUUAAAGAUUUGUGUAGGUGAGUGGUUAGAUAUGGGUUUGUUAAUGGGAUUGUCAACUUGUCGUGGUCCAUCUGUGAUUUGUUGUUGAAUCAGACCUGUGACACCCCCAGAAGCCUUAACAGUAAAUUCAACCCAUUGCACUCUGCCUCUUGACGCUGAAGAGGCCCUUUCUGAUUUACGCUGGAAACAUUAACUUCAGAAACAGUUACUGGACUUGUAUUCUUCAGCCGUUAGAGAAAAAACUGCUGAACAAAUACACAUGCUAAGUAUUUGCUCUUUUAUGAUAUAUAUCGUCCAGUGCAGAAAGUCCAGCUCCUCUGAGCCCUAUAAUGAGACUGUUGACAUUACCCUGGAAAAUGACUGCCUGGAGAUAACAAUAGAGCUAAGCACAGCAACUAUGGAAAGUGAAAGGAGCCAGUGCACGUAUCAAACAGCCAUGGUAAAUGCAUAGGGAACCAGCAACCGGUGCUAGGAGCACCGUCAUUGUUUCCACCAAAUCCAGAUUCUCACACUUUUACUGGUCCAUGUGUCUGGGUGUGGUGCCAUCCAGCUGCUUGAGCUUUCUUUGUGACCAAAUGUGCACCGCGCAUGCAGUUAGUUGCCCUGGUGACAGUUCAUAUGGGACAUUGAGGGAGGUGGGUCCAAUAAAUACAUCCAAGUAACGUAUGAACAAAAUUCCCGGCACUGCUUCAAAACUGUUUUUUCACACUUUCAUCAGACUUUUUCGUGUUCAGUGUUAAAAUAUCUCACAUCUGUCCCAUUUCUCUAGCAAAAGUAAGCGGUUCACCAUGGAAUAAAAGUGGUCGACCAAAAAAAUGUUAAUUGUUGUAUGGCAUUUUGGUAUAAAUAGUCACUGAAACACUGUCAGAUCUAAUUUACAAAGAGAAGACGUAUGCAUAUGUCUGAAAGCAAGUCUCACACAAUAUAAUUUUCCUCUGAGUUUUAAGGGAAAAACCUUGAUUUGUAUUUCAUAAUUGGGGCAUUGCAGCAGUCUAUUCUGAACCUGCUUCACUCAGCUCUGUUGGCAACGUAAAAAAAAAAAAAUGCCAGACCUCUAGUCCUAUCAUACCUUAUAAUUUUAUGCAUCAGUGUAUUUCCCCACACAGUUUGGACUGUUCAGAGGUGUCCAGUGCAUGUGUUUCCUGGAGAGGUAGUCUGCUGUGAAAGCAGACAGUAGACAGUUGAAAGAUAUUUGAGACAUCAGAUGGUAUCCAGUAUCACAUGUUCUGUCCACUUCCACUUUAGAAGAGCCUACUUGAAGAGGACGACACAGUUUAUGUGUUCCUCAACAACACUAUCAUUAGAUCAGCGUAGCUGAGCCCACACUGCAUGCUGUGAGGACACGCUGCAAUGAAAUCUUUCAUCAGUAAAGGCAAAGUUCAUGAAUUCUGAGAACUCUGAGUUCUGUCGCAGCUGUAGUGACAGGAGGAGAGGUUAGAGCAAACCAGCAUCAGAUCUGGAGUGAGUCUUGUGUGUGCACAUGUUGAGGGCCCUUGUGCGCAACUGCGGUCUUCUGUGUCCCUAUGGAGUACUACAUAUAGCGACAUUAGCCCAAAAUACUGCUGGUUCUGUGGUGUUGGCAUUUCAUAUGACAUUACUCAAACAGAAAUGUAUAGAAAAUCAGUGUGGGGUGUCUGCAAUCACAAAUAUUUUGCCUAGAUAGCAAUGUUUUCCUAAUAUACUGCUGGUUCUGUGGUGUUGGUAUUUGAAAACUGAUGCCUACAGUGCACCAUAGGACCAUCAAAUUGCAUGUUUCAGUUAUGCCUUUCAAGUGUU